AUGGUGAAGUGGUCUCAGCUGUGGAACUCCAACGGGUCAGAUAGGCGCCACAGGAUGUCGGACGAGGCCAGUGCGCUCCUCCCCACGCGCCGCGAGCACCUCCCCCCACCGCCCAUCGAUGCCAAAGAAGUCACCAAGAUCUGCCUUCGCCUGAAACACCAGAUCGAGCAGGUCAUCCCCUACGAGAUCGAGGAGGACAAGGUCACCAAGGCGAACAGCCCCAUCAUCACACAAGCCGUGCUGGACACGGCGAACAAAGCAGGCGGCGAGGACAAGACGGCAUGCGUUGUUUACUGUCUCCUGAUCGUCAACAAGUGGUUCAAGAAACAAGCGGCGGCUGAGCUCUGGGAUGCCGACUUGCACGAUGUGCGCGCCGUCGCGGCCGAAAUGAUGGCGAAGCGCAUCAUAGAAGCCGAGGAGGACAUGGACUACCUGUUCGAAGAAAUCCUGCUCAAACGCUACGCUACCCUCGUGGAUGGCGAGCCCACUGAACCCGCCAAUGCCGUCGAGAAGGCCGUCGAUCUGCACGCCGUGACGGUCAUUGGGUCUUCUGGCUACCAGAAGUGCAUCGCCUACCUCUGGCGCGGCUGGAUCGUGCAAGACGACGAAGAUCCAACCCGCUUUGUCCAGUACGACAACAAAACGAACACGAACCUCUGGGCCCAUUUGGACCCGGAUCGUAUGCGCGUCCCACGGUACCAAAACUGGGUGCAAAUCGCCGUCUCUCUCAUCUACCUGGGCUUGUUCACCGGCGCCGUCAACACAAUCAACCCUGACGCUGACCUGGAUGUUGUCGAAGGCCUGCUCUACAUCUUCACUCUAGGCUUCAUCUGCGAUGAGGUCAACAAGUUCUGGAAAGUCGGCCGCUUCUACAUCUCCUUCUGGAACAUGUUCAACAGCACUCUGUACGCCCUGCUUACCGUGUCUCUUGUCUUCCGUGUGAUAGCAAUGAGCCAUGACCACGACCACGAGAACGAAAAAGGCGACGCGCGCGGAAGGUUCAACGAGCUUGGCUACAACUUCCUCGCUUUCACUGCGCCCAUGUUCUGGAUGCGUCUGCUGCUCUACCUCGACACGUUCCGCUUCUUCGGCGCCAUGCUAGUCGUGCUCAAAGUCAUGUUCCGCGAAUCACUGAUCUUCUUCCUACUGCUUUUCGUCGUUCUGGUCGGUUUCUUGCAGGCCUUCAUGGGUCUUGACAUCGCAGACGAUCAAGUAAUGGACGACAUUGGCUUCGUCAUGCAAGCCAUGCUGAACGCCAUCAUGCAGUCCCCUGAGUUCGAGGGUUUCGACAACUUUGCCCCGCCGUUUGGUCUCAUCCUCUACUACAUCUUUACCUUUGUCGUCAUGGUCAUCUUGCUCAACAUUCUCAUCGCACUCUACAACUCGGCCUACGAAGACAUCACCGAAAACGCAAUCGAUGAAUACAUGGCCCUCUUCUCGCAGAAGACGAUGCAGUUCGUCCGCGCCCCAGACGAAAACGUCUUCAUCGCGCCCUUCAACCUGAUCGAAAUGCUGUUCCUCAUUCUCCCCUUUGAGUGGUGGAUGGACGAGAAGCGAUACGACCACCUCAACGACAUCGUCAUGGCGGUGCUCUACUCCCCGCUGCUCAUAGUGACGGCCUUCUUGGAGCAGAAGGAAGCGAGAGUCGUCAAGUCCAACCGCAAGCGAGGCGAGGCCGACGAAGACGUGACGCACGAGUGGGAGCAGGUGCUGCACGAAUGCGACUUCGAGGCCGACGGAUGGGACAAGAAGGUCCAGAGCACCAAGCCAAACGUCGAGUUCGACACCGCCGUGCUCGAGAUCAAGAAGCUGCAGGACGAGGUCUCGGAGAUGAAGCAGCUGCUCCUGAAGAUGAGCGAGAAGAGCUGGGGCAGCGAUACCCUCGGUGGCAGCAAAUUCGAUAAGCUGGGCCAGAGCAGUGGAAGCGUGAGGGAUGAGUAA